CUCGAAUGCUGGUGAGACCCAUACCGACCAUAUUACGGGUCAGGUCGAGCGGAUCUCCCUGUCCGACCCUGUUCAUGAGGUAUUAGAGAGGGCCGAAUCUACAGCGAGUCAGAUCUGGUCUACCUCCUCCUGGUUCAACAACUUUUCCCUUCCUCAGUUGCCGGUCGAGCAAUCUGAAGAAUGUCUGGCUCUGACUGCUCUGAAGAUGGGCUUGUACACCCUUAUGAUGCGGGAGGCCCGCCUGGCCAAAGAGCGGGAACUGAUUGUUGCCCAGUCUUCUGCUGAGCAACAUGCUGCUGCUGCCAUCGCCUCUCUGGAGGCCGAACGGAAAACCUUUGUGGAGGAAAAGCAGAGGCUGGAUGCUGAAAUCGGUACCCUUCGGGUCCAACUCGCAGCUUCCCAGGCGAAGGUCCUUGCCGCUGAGGCCGCACGGGUCAGAUUUGAAGAAAUGCCAUCCAGCAUCCCAGAUGGUCCCUAUGAAGUGAAGGUGGAUCUGUCCGCCAUCCGGGACAUGUUUAAAUCCUCUGAUGAAUUCUCCAUCAUCAAGGAUGAACAUGCAAGGGCCCAAAUCCCGUUCGCCUUUGGGGCGUAUUUGAAGGGUUUCCCCAAAGGCGCCGGUCGGCUAUCGGCAGGGGUGGCCCUCUUGGAUAAGGACCCGGAGGCCAAAAAAUGGAACGACUCCAUUGUCUCCGAUCUGUAUGGCAAAAUCGGCCAGGUCUUGCUGCGUCCCUUCGUCACUCAGCUUCAAACUCAAUUGGGGAGGCCGGUUCAGGCUUCUGAUCUCCCCACAUAUGACAUUAUCCAGGCGCAGUUCGAGAAAUUCCUGCGAGCUCAGCAGAGGGAAGCCGAUCGGGCUGCGGGGAAAGAGCCUGAACCCCUGUCUGAUGAUGAGGAGGAUGAGGAUGAAGAGGGAGAUGAAAUGGCCCCCGAUCAAUAAUUCAUAUGUACUCCUGUAAUUCUGGUUGUAAUUUUUCUUUUUUCCAAGUAGCCUGUAUUUCCCGGUCAGUAGCACCGAUGAAUAUAUAUCUCUUUUUUGCCUGAAACUUUGCAUACUGUUUUUUCUGUCUUUAAUGCAUGAUUU